GGCGAGCAGCUGCGGCAGAGCUUCAGAGCGACGACCGCAGAGAGCAGAGACCCGCGGAGCUCGUAAAUCUUCUGUCUUUACUCGAGUUCAAGCAGUCAACAGAGCGGGAACACAUUCUUCACACAAACCAGGAUUUGUAUUUGUUUUAUGUAAACAUUUUUUUGGGCCUAAAUAUGCUGCUGUGUUCACACUUCGGAAGGAGAAGAGGCCAGCCUUAGAAUAAACUCACCACAAGUUGAAGACCUCUCCUCAGACGAGGAAACAAGGAAACACUCGGCAUUGAAUCUCUGAUCCCCCCUUAUUCUUCAUUUGUUAAAUCUUUCCGACACUUCAGCCAGUCGUGAUGGAAGCCAGAGGAAAGUAUGAUUUUUCUGCAACAGCAGAAGACGAGCUCAGCUUCAGAAAGGGCGAUAUACUUAAGAUUUUAAGCCCACAGGACGAUUGGUAUAAAGCUGAGAUGCACGGACAGGAAGGAUUUGUACCGCAAAACUACAUCGAGAUGCAGAAUCCGAGAUGGUUUCAGGAAAACGCCACUCGCAGCGCUGCAGAGGAUCUCCUGAGGCACAAAGAUGUGGGAGACUUUGUGAUCCGAGGCUGCCAGAGCUCCCCUGGAGACUUCUCCAUCUCUGUCAAACACGAAAGUGACGUUCAGCACUUCAAAGUGAUGAAAGACAACAAAGGCCAGUACUUCCUGUGGUCUGAGAAGUUCACCUCCCUAAACAAGCUGGUGGAGUUCUACAAGAACACGUCCAUCUCUAAAACCAGGGAGAUCUACCUCAGGGAUGGCAGCCCAGACUGUAAGAGCUCCCCCAUGACCCAGUCGGUGAAGAGGGGAAGUUUGCCUGAACAGCGUAAUGCAGCUGCUGUCGCUGCUUUACCCCGCAGGCCUUCAGACCAGCCUCCCAACCAGCUGGCUAAGAGAGUGGGUCUGGAGGAGCGAGCUCACACCAUCGGUCACACAGGGAGAAGCAGCCCCAUCAGCUCUGCUUAUCCUCCCCGUCGCACGUCUGAAACCAUGCCUCUCCCUCAGAGGUCUUCCACGAUGCAGGUGAAGGCGCUGUACAACUUCACCGCAGAGGAAGACGACGAACUCGGUUUCUCCGCCGGCGACAUCAUUGAAGUGUUGGAUCGCUCUGACCCGUCGUGGUGGAAAGGGAGGCUUCGGGGGAGAAGCGGGCUGUUUCCUGCCAACUACACAAUACAGCAGUGAGAAAACACCCCAGGGGAUGCACUUAGUAUACACAUUCACAGACGCGCUCUGCAGGUGCACCAGCCCUCAAUUUGUGUUUUUGAACAUGAACACUGAGCAGUCACUGACUCAUCUAAUCUCUGCACCGCAUGUCUAUAUCAAGAUGCCGGUGCCCAAAGGACUGUGACUCAGUUAAUGCAUCAGAUAAUAUUCACAUGUAUACUGCCACUCUGGUUUUAUUGAAACAAAUGUUGCUGCAUUUAUUUACAAAGGAGCAGAGACGCACCCACAGGAAGUUCCUAAAACCUGGUACAUCUUUAACUGGCACCCAGGAACUGCUGCAGAUAGCACCGAGGAAUGUUUAACAUUUUGUAUUAUGACAUGUCUGACAGCAGGUAUUUAUUUGCAAAAUGCUUGUUGGCCGGUCUGCUGAUGAAUCGACUGUAACCCCACUGUUUCUGCUCAUGUUGCAAGUGUACUCAUAUUUUAUACCAUUAGAAGUAUUGUUAGAAAAAUUCAGCAGAUUUCUCAAGAAGCCUGAAUGCUUAAAAUUUUGACUUGGAAAUAAAAUAUUUUUUUUAUCACUG